AUGGCCAGCCUCAGAUCCUUCUCCAGACUCGCCCGCCCCCUGCGGCCAUCAGUCUCCCUCCGCCCUGCCGCCUUCUCCCCGGCCUCCUCCAUCUCAUCCCAAAAGCGACUGCACUCCCAGAAGCACCCCAAGGGCUUCGCUCCGCCAUCGCAAGAGGAGCUGGACGAGCUGCGCGAGCGUGUCUACGACUUCACCCGCCGCGAGAUCCCCGAGGAGCUCGCCGCCAAGACGGACAAGUCGAAUGCCUUCCCCAUGGAGAUGUGGGAGAAGAUGGGCGAGGCCGGCUUCCUGGGCGUCACGGCCGACGAGGACUACGGCGGCCUGGGCAUGGGUUACCAGGCGCACUGCAUCGUGCUGGAGGAGAUGUCGCGUGCCUCAGGCUCUAUUGCAUUGAGCUACGCCGCGCACUCGCAGCUGUGCGUCAACCAGAUCUCGCUCAACGGCAACCUCGAGCAGAAGCAAAAGUAUCUGCCCGGCCUCAUCGCCGGAACCAGCGUCGGCGCCCUCGCCAUGUCCGAGUCCGGCUCCGGCUCCGACGUCGUGAGCAUGCGCGCCUCGGCCAAGGCUGUCGACGGCGGCUACGUGCUCAACGGCACCAAGAUGUGGAUCACCAACGGCCCCGACGCCCACGUUAUUGUUGUUUACGCAAAGACGGAGCCGGAGAAGGGCUCCAAGGGCAUCACCGCCUUCCUGGUCGACACAAAGGCCGAGGGCUUCUCCUGCGCCCGCAAGCUCGACAAGAUGGGCAUGCGCGGCUCCAACACGGGCGAGCUCGUCUUUGAGAACGUCUUCGUGCCCACCGAGAACAUCCUCGGCAAGGUCAACGGCGGCGUCCGCGUCCUCAUGGAGGGCCUCGACCUCGAGCGCCUGGUCCUCAGCGCCGGUCCCCUCGGCCUCAUGCAGGCCUCGCUCGACGUCGCCCUGCCCUUUUCCCACCAGCGCAAGCAGUUUGGCCAGCCCAUUGCCCACAACCAGCUGAUCCAGGGCCGCCUCGCCGACAUGUACACCAAGCUGCAGGCCUCGCGCGCCUACACCUACAACACCGCCCGCAUGGUGGACGAGCAGGGCGUCAUCCGCACCGAGGACUGUGCCGGCGCCAUUCUCUACGCCGCCGAGAGGGCGACCGAGGUUGCGCUCGACUGCAUCCAGCUGCUGGGCGGCAUGGGCUACACCGAGGAGAUGCCCGCGUCUAGAAUCCUGAGAGAUGCCAAGCUGUACGAGAUUGGAGCUGGUACCUCGGAGAUUCGCAGAAUGGUCAUUGGACGCGCCUUUAACAAGAAGUAUGCCAAUGCCUAA